CCAAAGCAAAAGACUAAUUUAAAAAUAGAGGAUUGAGAAAAUGGGCGGUCAGAGCUGGAGCUUAACGGCGAAGCCGUGCGACACCUGCAAAGCGGCGGCGGCCACCGUCUUCUGCCGCGCGGACUCCGCCUUCCUCUGCGCAGCCUGCGACGCGGACGCCCACGCCGCCGACUCGCGCCACGCGCGCGUCUGGGUUUGCGAGGUGUGCGAGCAGGCGCCCGCCGCCGUCACCUGCAAAGCCGACGCCGCCGCACUCUGCCCCACGUGCGACCGCGACAUACACUCCGCGAACCCCCUCGCCCUCCGGCACGAGCGGAUCCCCAUCGUACCCUUCUACGACGCCGCCGACGUAUCUGUCAAAAAAUCCUCCACCCGCGCCGCCGCCGCCGCCGGAGAGUGCUCGGAUGAGGAAGCGGAGGCCGCCUCCUGGCUACUACCCGACCCGAAUAGCAAACCGGACGACGAAUCCGGGCUGCCCGAAUACAAAUCCGCGGGGUAUUUGUUUAACGAGAUGGAUCCGUAUCUGGAUCUUGAUCUUGGAUCCGGGCAGCAGAAGCUGAUGAUCAGCCGUGCCAUGGUUAACGACGAUGAUCAGCAGAAGCAGUAUUGCUCCGACGGAGUUGUGCCGGUGCAGAAAGAGAACGAAUACGGGUCGGGUCGGUAUCCGGGUCCGGCUGUCGACGGGUUUCCGACUUAUGAUUUGGAUUAUCCGGCGGCGGCGGCUAAGCCUUUCAUGUACAACUUCACCUCACAAUCCAUCACCCAAACCGUAUCUUGUUCAUCUAUGGACGUGGGAGUGGUGCCGGACGACAGCACCACGGUCGAUAUAUCCAACACCCAGAAGGAAGAAUUACCCGUUCGACUCUCGGGCGUCGACAGAGAGGCGAGAGUGAUGAGGUACAAAGAGAAGAGGAAGAAUAGAAAGUUCGAGAAAACCAUAAGGUACGCCUCGAGAAAGGCGUAUGCGGAGACCAGACCGAGAGUCAAAGGUAGGUUUGCCAAACGGGAAACCGAUGCAUCCUCCUAUGGCGUUGUCCCGACUUAUUGAAUUUUGCUCGUAUAACUUAGUGGCAAGAUUCUUUUUUUUUUUUUUUUUUUUUCUCGGCAUAAGAAAUAUUUGUGUUGUAUAUAUACAACUCCGUAGGAGUCUAUAAUCACUAUGGUGGUUUUUGAUCGAUGUCUCGUUUUUACUCAUCGAUUUUAUUUGGAUGUGUGUUCCUUUGUUCUUCGUACAAUCUCGUCGACUUUGUAUAAUGGAUAACCCCCGAGUGAACAAUUCGACACGUUAAUGCAGAACAUACGAGAUUUUUUAUUUGUUA